AUGUCUGCGUUCGUUGCUGCCAUCUUUUUGCUUGGCCUGUGCCUGGCAAACGCCAUUAACUUCACAACCGUCUACGAGUGGGACAAAUUCGAUUUCAUCUGGCCAUCAGGAGCGGACACUUCAACUGGACAGAUUAAAGACGAAUACAGGCCGGAGAAUGUUCAUCUUCAAUUCAUGGCUGUUUUUGGACAAAGGCUGUUUCUAAGCAUUAAUAUGGAAUCGGGAAUUCCCUCCACUUUGUUGUGGCUGCCAACGAGCGGCACGUCGACUGCACCUCCAAAGCUUGCUCCUUUCCCUUCCUGGCAUUUAUAUGAAAAAGACAACUGCGACACUAUUCAGGCGGCGAGAGGUAUGGAAAUGGACACUGAUGGUCAAUUGUGGGUGCUUGAUGACGGUAGCAGCAAUUGUUCGAGUAAAAUUUGGAUUUUCAACCUGGUCAACAACGACACAACCGAGCGCGUUCACCAGUUCCCGCCCACGGUCGUCUCUAAUUCAAUAAAUGACAGAUUACUCCUUGAUAUAGUGCUGGACAAAACGCAAGACGAUUACUUUGCGUAUAUCACGGACUUGAGAUCUGACCACAUCACAGUUUACAGCCUGAAAAUGGACAAAUCCUGGACAGUUGCAACACCAGGGAGACGUUGGAUUUCCUUGGCCCUCUCUCCUAACAGGGAAGCGAGACAGUUGUUCCUUGGAAGAGAUCGUUCCAAAGAACUGUAUUCGGUGUCUGUGUCUGAGCUGAAGAAUGAAGGCGGGAACGCUACAGUAAAAUUAAUCGGCGAGUGGAGCGGAACACCUUACAGAAUGGUAAUCGACAGUGGCAAUCUCUUGUAUGGCACCACUACAUUCUGCAACUACCUCUCCAAAUGGAAUAUUUCGGAGCCCUUUGCAGAGCAGCGAUUUCAUGAGUUCGAAAGACUUGAUGCUUAUCGGCCAUUUACUUUGGCCUUGGACAAGAACGGCAAUUUAUGGAUGACGGAUAGUGAUGAAAGUAGUGGAUGGAUUGUCAAUAAGACUAGGCAUAAACUACUCAAGGCUGCAGUCGGCGCUUCCACAGUUUCUGCGACCCUUGAUGAGACCUCAGCACAGCAGGAAAUCAUAGAAUCAUCCACAUCAUCCCUUCGUGAAGAAUCAACCCCUCCUCCCUCUUUAAAAACUGGAGAAGCGCAGAGUCUACUCGGAGUCUUCUUUAUCAAUUUGAGUCCCCAGAGUAAAUUUAUUGGGAAGACGCAGCCCCGCCCACAAAGUUCAAUCUCUCUCCCUUUCCUGAUCCUUUUGCAGACGUGUCGUUGCGUGGCUGACCCUGAAAAUGGGAAGAAUGCAAACCUAUAUCAGGUGCAAUUCGAAGGAAACUCUUGCGGAACUGUCCGUUUUCCCGGACAAUAAAUAAUUUACUAAUAUCAAAUAAAGUUUGUUUGCAUUUUAAUUAAUGGUUAGUUUAAAAAACCUAGAGAUGAUCAUAAAUCUAUAUUAUUUUGCCUUUUUUCAAUUUGUAUGAAUUUUUCAAGUUAAAUAAAAAUUUAUC